AUGGACUUUGUGGCUCCAUCCACUCGCUGUUGGUAUCAAGCUCUCAGCCGCAGUCUCGUCGUGGAUGUGGCAGUGAAGGCCGCAUCUAUUCCUAUCUUUCAGGCUCGUUUUGGCAUGGACGGCUCGCUAUCAGCGGCGACCACAGAAGGAGCCACCAUCCAACUUCACGCGCUGAACGAGGCGAAGAUGAACGAGAUCUUCAAAUACCAAAUGAACUACUAUCAUGAGCGGCCCGGACUGGACAAGUCACUCGAGAAGUAUGCUCGCUUGUACAUUGACACUUUGCUUCCCGACUCGAUUGUGGUCUAUCUUGACACGGAUGUGGUGAUACAGUCGGAUGUCUUGGUGUUGGCAGAUCGGUUGGCCACAAGUGGAAAAACGAUGGCUUUCGUGGAGCGGGUGCCACGUGCAUCUAUGGGAGAGUAUGUGCAUGCGGACAACUUGACCGAUUCCGCACUGGCCAAGCUUGGCAUCUCUCGCACAGCCCUAGUUGCAGCAGAGAAUGCAACAGAGUACAAUGCUGGAGUCUUGGUUUUCAACACCAGGCGCUGGCAUAGCUUGGGAUAUCUGGACAAGGUGAAGCAUUGGCUCCACAUCAACUAUGAGCUGCAUGGGAAGCUGUUUCGGGGAAAUGAUCAAACUCUACUCAUGCUCAGUUUUGAAGUUUGGCGAAAGCCAGGAGACUUUAUAGUGGUGGAAAGGGAGUGGAAUGUGGAGGUGCACCACCAACUCACCAUCGACAGAGACUUCUUGGCACAUGGGGCCAAGAUUCUUCAUUUCAACGGUGUCCGGAAGCCGUGGCUUCCCAGUGAGGCAGAGGAUCCCUUGGCCAAGGAGCUCUUCCGACCCCACUUGCAGAAGUUCCCAUCGCUACUCGUAAAGGGAGCUGCUAGAAGCCAGUUGCCGUUGCAGCCGAUGCUGGCUGCACUUGUAGCUCUUCUUUGUGCCCUUCUGCUUCUCGCGCUCUCCAAAUUCUCGCCCGUUUGGAACAGCAUCAUGUCGCCCGCGGAGUCCGCCUUGCAUGUUAACUUGCUGGUCUGCUUCCAGGGAUUCAUGAACUACAGCUCCGUGGUGCUCUGCGCGUACCCGUUGUGUCUGUCGCUGAAUUUGUCGAAUGCCGCUUCAAUGUCUGGCCUCCUGAUUGGUGUAUUCAUGGAAGCCAGUGCUGUGGGCAUGGGCGUGAGUUGGAAGAUCCUGAACGUCUACCCGGACUUGUGGCGAAGGCACAUCAAGACCUACCUCGUGGCCGGCCUCUCUUGUCAGUUCUUCGGUGCUCUGGCCUUCUGCAAGGUAGCCAUGGCCGUGAAGUAUGGCCAAAGUGACAGCACCCUGAUUAUGACCGUGUUGGCUGCAAGGAUCUGUCAAGGCUUUGGUCAUGGACUGAAUGAUCAGUUCAUGAAGUGCUGCAUCGUCAAACUUGCAGCGGCACAUGAUCGACCGCGGCACUCACUCAAGAAAUUUGUGGCCAACACGCUAGGCAUUGUUUGCGGACCCUUCAUCAUUGCUUUGGCCUAUUUCUUCUUCCACGACGAUGUGGUGGAUGCGGGAUUAACGAACGGAGCUCAGAUAAGCAUGCUGACUGCGCAGUGGCAGCUAACGAUGACCGUCACCGUUCUCAUCGGCGCCAUCCUCCUGUAUCCGUCCCUGGAGGAGGUCUCCGAUUUUGGUAAGGCAAAUACCCUUGUCGGAGGUCAUCAGACGGCAGUGCUUCUGGCGAGCAUUUUCAUGGACGCAUUGCGCGGGUUCAUCACCUCGGGCGUGGAAGCUGCAUCCUGUUUGCUUCUACAGGAUCGCUUCGCCUGGCGUCAGGAUAGCAUUGGCUUUUGCAUCGGGCUGACAUUCUGCUUGGUGGUCCCUGGAUACAUGCUGCAUAAGCAGUACCAGGCACGCUACAGCGACAUCGCAUGGAUUAGGAUCUACACCGGCAUUGCCAUGCUUGCCACCGCUCUGCUAGGCACUGCAAAGCAGCCGCUGGGCAUCCUCGCGGCGGAUAGCAUCAUAUUUCCAUCGAUUUACUUGGCGGGUGCCUUGAACAUGGGCAUUCUGAAUACCAGCGUCUUUCCGGAUGGCUCGCUGCUCGAUGCCAACAACGUCAUGCUCAUGAACGGUAUAAUCUCCAACGGCAUCGGCCGUUUUGCAGGGCCCAUCUUUUCACGGUCACUUAUAGCGCACCUUGGGCAAAAAGCAUACGCUUCAUGCCAGGCUCUUGCCAUUGGCAGCAUUCUAGCCGCUUCUGGCAUGUUACGUGCACCAAUGCACUAA